GUGGAGGGCGGCGGCGCCUCGUGAGGGCGGCGGGAGUAAGGGCCCUAGGGUGGCGCGCGGGGCGCCGCGGCGGGGGGCAACGGGACGGCCACCCCGCGCGCAGCCUGAGGGGACGCGGCCGCUCUCCGCCCUCCCCCGCAGCUCCGGCUUCUGGAGCCCGCACCCACCAGAGGCUUCUUUGGAGGGCGGGCAGACUGGCUUUCGCAAAAGUAAAUCGCAUUUGCGUUAAAAUCGGACGCAGUAGAAGGGAAAAAGCCCCCAUACUUUGCCCGACUGGCUUUCUCCCCGAGAUGCCGCUGCAAAAAGGGCUCCGGGAAGACACGAUGGCUGCUCAGCACCUUCACUGCUCAUGAGAGCCCUGUUUUUUCCUCUCUGAAGCUGCACAUCCCGCUGUAACACGCACGCUGGGAGAUGGGCUGUCCCAGCCCCUUCCUAAGGUGCUGCAUGCAGACAGCAAGUUAAAAACCUCUGAGAAGGUGGUUUGAAUAAAAGCCUCUCGCUUCCACGGUGUAUUAUUGCAGCUUGAAACUGAGUCAAUUACUUUCCCUUGGCACCCUUCUUAACUCAUCUGGGAACCAGAAUUAUCCAUAGCUGCCUCUGUGCCACUGAGGCCCAGACCAUGUGAAGCUAAGGUAUCAUCAGCCCUCUGGCUGUGUCUCACAACUGAUGAUAAAACACUGUCCAGUUCCACAGGUGUCUGGCUUACAAGCAAGCUCUGCUGGAUUUUUCUGCAUAUUUGCUGUAUGCUUUUAGGAGCUUUGACAAACUAAUCUUUAGAAUCUUCUGUUAAUAGUUUGUGCUAAACAACUAAUUGAUUGCAAGUGCGGGAAAAACCCAGCAGAAACAGAUGAAGCUUCAGAUGCUGGAGAGCUCUUCACUCCCUUUCUUCAUUGCCUUUGUCCUGCUUUUGCUGCUCUUUGUGGUGCUCAUCAGGAAAAACAGCACUGCUGCCCUUAUCUGGAAUGAAAUAAUCCGAGAGAAAAUAACCAAUUUCAUCAUGAAUCAGAGCAAAGAGCAGAGGAUUUUGAAUUUUGUGCUUCAGAAUGCAGUCCGAGGAGACCCCUGUAGUGUGUUGGACACUAUAGAUAAGUACUGCUCCCAGAAAGAGUGGGCCAUGAAUGUGGGCAACGAGAAAGGUUUAAUUCUAGACAAGACAGUGGAAGAGGCCAACCCCUCAGUUGCACUGGAGCUGGGAACAUACUGUGGCUAUUCAUCAGUUAGGAUUGCUCGUCUGCUGAAGGCAGGAGCUCGUCUUCUCACUGUGGAAUUCAACCCAGAAUUUGCUGCUAUAGCUAAACAGAUUUUGGAAUUUGCUGGAGUACAAGAUAAGGUAAAACUCCUAGAAGGCCCUUCAGAGGAAAUUAUACCCCAGCUGAAGAAAAAAUAUGAAGUGGAUACUCUGGAUUUUGUCUUCUUGGAUCACUGGAAAGACAAAUACACACCAGACACAAUACUGCUUCAGGAAUGCAACUUGCUGAGGAAGGGCUCGGUUCUUCUGGCUGACAAUGUCAUCUUCCCAGGAGCUCCAGAGUUCCUGAACUAUGUCCGCAACAACCCCCGUUUCCAAUGCACUAACUACCCAUCUCAUCUGGAAUACAUGAAAGCGGAGGAUGCUAUGGAAAAGGCUGUGUUUUUGGGAUAAAGAGAGCAAUUAAUACUAAACCUUUGUUUCAAAUGAUGUAAAUGCAACUGCACAAGUUAACUUGUCCAUGCUUUAUAUUUUGGGGUAUUUUUUUGUACUUGGAGUCUGUAAUUAAAGCAAGUGCUAGUGGAGAUCAUUUCAGACCAGAUGGAAACCAAGACUGGGAAUAAGUAGGGUAACUGCUCAAAGGUCCGUUCCACUGUUUCAUAUCAGUCAGCAAACCCCAGGUGAUGCACUUGGCCUUGCCUCAACCAUCAGAUCAUCAAAUAACACAAUCUGUUACAUUGAGCUCAAACCCAAACAACAGGGUUUGGGCUCAGAAUAGGGUGGAGAAAUUCGCUGCAAUUUCUGAAGACGUGUUCCCAAGCUAAUCAGAGAUUAAUUGUUAUCAAGGGUGGAAAAAAGAUGUGUUGCAAGAAAAGACCAUUUCAGAGCCCUUAUUUUGCUAAAUUACUAUGUAACAAUGUGGUGAAGGCUCCUGUUGAGGUUAUCAGAUUAAUUUGCAUAGUUACUACAAAAGUUUAUCAUCCCUAUGCUAGAGAAAAGGGCGUGCACUGAAAGAAGACCAACCCAUGCAGUGAUGAGAAAAUUAACCAGACUUUUGCAGAAGGCAAACAAAAUUAAUCAGCCCAGGGAGAGGCAGGGAAAACUGAAAAAGUAAAUAGAUUAAAAUAAAACCAGUAUGUCAGAUAACAAAAGGAGCAGCCUCUUUCCAAAAGAAAAUAGCUAGUACCAGAGCCAUUAAGAAAAUGCUAUUUAUCUCCUCAUAUUUACUUACAAGCAUUACAGUCUACAUACAUAGUGUGUGCAUUUCAGAGACAGGGCAGGCAACUUACUCUGAAGUGUUGUGUACAUUUAAGAUGUUGUAUCCAAAUGAAGACCAGAGAGAAUGAGUUUUACCAGGCAGGUCCUGCACAUCCUGGUUAACCUCAGUGUCAUUAACACUGCGUGGAUAGUGAGCAUUGUCAGUGAGAAGAUACAGAGCCAAAUCUGAAGUCUUUAACCCACCUGAACCACACAAAAAAUCCACUAGCGUUUCCUGCUGUGAUUAUAUAAUAAGGCAAUGACUGCAUUUAUAAAUAAAAACUAAAAAAACCCAAUAGA